GCUACAUGUCAUUUUUUCAAAAAACACUUAACGAAACUUCAGGAGUUUUUACUAGACAACAAUUGCCAAAUUAUCCAAGUGGUUUUUGCGACGAUUGGCGGACAAAAAAGGGUGCUAAAUAGGCGCCUGGAGCUGUGAGCGGUCGACUACCAUCAUUGCCCCGGAGUAUUUAGCACACUUUUUUUGCGGCCAGAAUUUAGCAACAGGUUGUCAAGGACUUCUGGGAUUUGUGGAAUGAGUUGUGCGGCGCCCAAGUGUCGACCGCGCUGUGGACCCUGCGGUGGUUGUGGAUCGGGAUGUAAGCCCUGCGGCGGAGGUGGCUGCUGCGGAUCAGGUGGCUCCUGCUGCGAAGGCUGCUGCUGCGGAUCAGGUGGGUCGUCCUGCGGCGGAUCCUGCGGUGGAUGCUGUGGCUCCGGGCCUUGCGCCGUGGUCUCGUACCGCCUGACCUGCGGCCCCGUGGGUCCCUUACUGCCCUGCAUGAAGUGCACCUGCAACUGCGGAUGCUGCACCGGCUGCUGUGCCCCGCCCUUCUAUUUUGUGCCCAACAAUUGCCGCAAUUGCUGGGAGUGGGGCUGUUUCGGACCCCUUUACUAGUACCCUGUAGUAUCCUGUUGUUGCCAUUUUGAUGGAACUUUUCAUAUUUUUGAAUGCAAUAAAUUCACGUGUCAGCCAGA